AUGAAGACCUAUACUAUCCUCGCCAUUGCCGCCCAGGCUGCGGUUGUCCUCGCCAACUGCAAAGUCCAGCUUCUCGAUGGCAACAGCUUUCAGCUUGGCACUGCCUGCAUACCCAAGGGCGGACAGGGCCACAUCACCGUCAACGGUCGUAACUGGUUCAUCGAUGCGACGACCAGCUGCGGGCUGAGCUUUAUCAGCACCCAGAACCCCCCUUCCGGAUGGCAGCUCAAGUCCCUCGGCAGCUGCUGA